AUGCUCUCAGGCCUUCCCAUCAAACUCCUCAAUAAACUUCAAAUCAUUCAUAACUCUGCUGCCCGGAUCAUCACCCGCACCAAGUCCUCUGACCACAUCACCCCCAUCCUCAUCCUGGUUCAGGGUCAGGGUGGCUGGGGAGUGACUUACUCUUCUACUGAGAUCUGUGCAGAGAAAGGAUCAACAGUGGAGAUAAGAUGCAGCUACACAUACCCAUCCAGAUGGAAAGGAAGUGAUAACACAAGAGCGACUCUGAAGUACUGGUUCAGGAUCGAAACAAACCAAGAAGGUGGAAGAUAUUUUGGUUCACCUGGAGUCACUUUGUCUCUCACAGAUCUCUCGGUGCAGGUGGAAAGCAAAGAUCCUAGCAGGGCAAACCUGACGUGUCAGAGCAGUUGUGAUUUACCUGAUAAUGAUUACGUCUGGUACAAGAACCGUGAAAAGAUUCAAACAGCAACAUCUUCUUCUCAUCAAGUCGACUUGAGUUUUUUGGACAGCUAUUCCUGUGCUUUGAAAGGAUAUGAGAACUCUCCCUCCCCUUCAGUGUGUGUCACUGGUCGACACAGCAACACGGUGACUUCCAUUCAAGGAAGUAUCUGCGCCCCCAAAGGAUCAUCAGUUGACAUUUCCUGCACGUACAGCAGUAAUGAAUGUAUUACAUCAAAGUUCUGGUUUAGACCUGAGGGUAGUCAUCAGGGACAGAAUCCCUCUCAACCUGAGGACCUUAUUAAAGACUCCCAGUAUGCAGGUCGUGUUCAGAUCCUUGAAACAGAGAGAGGACGCUCCACUCUGAGGAUCUCUGACCUGAGAGACUCAGAUUCAGCUCAGUAUCUCUUCAAAUUCAAAACAUCAAGCUUUGAAUGGAGGAGUGAUUUACCUGGAACAACUCUGACUGUCACAGCUCUGCAGGUGCAGGUGAUCACAGCAACAGUCCAGCAAUCUUAUACCUUAGCAGAGCUGAAGUGUCACGGCAGCUGCAGUCCAGCUGGUGUUUCCUACAUCUGGUUCAAGAACAACAAGAAAAUCCCCACAACAACGAUAUCUUCUUAUAAAGACUGGUUUCAACACAGAGACAUGAUCUCAUGUGCUUUUGAAGGACAUGAAGGCUUCCACUCUCCUGCAGUGUAUGCUCCGAGACGCCCUUCUUUGUCAAGACCCUCUGGUGAGAUAAAGGAGGGCCGUUCAGUGACUCUGACCUGUAGCAGUGAUGCUAACCCAGAAGCUAAAUACACCUGGAACAAGAAGAAUGGAAAUGCAGACGUUCCUCUUCUCAGUGAAGGACCCCAGCUUGUCUUCGGAUCCAUCCAGUCCUCUGACUCUGGACAGUAUUUCUGUUCAGCUGAGAACGAGCUGGGGAGAAGCACAUCUGAAAAAGUCUUUAUUAAUGUAAAAUAUACAUCCCCAAUGAUCGUGAACAUCACCAGGUUCUCUGUGGUGGUUCUGGUGCUGAUUCCUCUGCUCCUUGUCUGUCUCUGGAUGAGGAAGAAGAAGACUGUGAGCUCCACCUCUGAAGCGAAUGAACCCAUAGAGACUGUGGAGUUGGAGUCUGGUCCUGAUUAUACUAACGUCUCAGACCUGAACAUGGUCUCUGCAGAACAGACAGAAGAACCAGAGGAGCAGGAGGACCUGGUCUGAAGAGGGAGACUGACCUGGAUGGAAACAGAAGGAAGUGAAGCAUUGAAGAGGAAACAUUUACCUUCAAAUAUAAGAGUUUCAUUGUUAGCGGCAGGUAGGAGUCAGCAGUCACAGACAGCAGGAGAUAUACAGGCAUGAGUAGAUUGCAACUUGUUAUACUGUAAAUAUAAACACAUUUUACUACAGUAAUGUGCAUGUGCUAACAUCCAUCAUCAAGAAUGCCUAUCAUAUUUAUAGCAUUCCUUCAUUUUGUAUACAUGUUGUAGUCAAAAGGUUAUAAUAGUAGUGAAGUUGGGAUAAAUUAGGAAAAAAUGAAAUAAAGAAGGCUUAUACAUAUUAGGUAUAUAUGUUGAUAUACAUAUAGGCAUACAUCUGCACAAACCUACACACACACACACACACACACACACACACACCCUCAUAUUUAAUCAAUAUUUUCAACUUGUUCAAAUAUUAUCUUUCUUGAUUCGUCUUUUUUUAUAUGUUAUUGUGUCUGGUUCUAAAAUGAUGUUCACAUUUGACCUCUGGUUGUUAAAUGAAGGUUGAGUUGUAAUCAGUUCCUCAUUUCUCUUAGCUCUACUUCUAAGUAUUCUUUAUAAAUAACUGUAACAUGUUUUCUUCCUCUUUCAACAGAGUCUUAACCUCAGCAUCUUGUCCUUCAGCGUAGCACAAGCCUUAUUUUAUGUGUUUUUGGAAAUAUUAUUAUUAUUUGUCCUUAUGAAAUAUGUUUAGUCAUAGAUCUUGUGAAGGGGUAUGCUCUUGGUUGCUUUCUCUUUUUUAAAGUGGACCUAUCAUGCUAUAUUUGAAUAAUAUAUUGUAGGGCCAUACCUAUACAAGGUAUAUUUAUA